AUGAACACUUCUUUGAUUGACUCUAAGCCUUUUGGAACUCUUAUUGUGAUAUUUGCAAAAGCAAGGAAUCUUCCAAAUAGACGCACACUAGGAAAACAAAACCCAUACUGUAUUGCUCGAAUUGGUGCAGAUGCAAAACGAUCGAAGGCAGACCAAAGAGGAGGUCAAACUCCUAUAUGGGAUGAUGAAGUGCGUUUUAAACUUAUUGAAGGAACUCAGAUUAGUACGUUAAAGCUUUCUAUCUUAGACGAAACUGAGUCUAAGCCCGAAUUAAUUGGUGAUACAGUAAUUCAACUGGCACCUGUUUACCAAACACUUCCAACUGAAGGUUAUGAUAAAUGGCAUGAACUUACUUACAAAGGGAAAUAUGCUGGUGAGGUUUAUCUUGAAAUGACUUUCUAUCCCGAGAAAAAACCUACAGGACGCAAAUUUAAGCGGUCUUCCAUAAUGGAAUCGUCUGUUAACAGAUCGGGAACUUGUUCCACUACAAGAUCUGACACUACCAGCUAUUACGAUUAUACAGGAUCUUUAAACUUUUCUUCUUCAAUGGUCAGCAUGGCUUCUUCGCGCCCUCUUCCUUCUCAACCUUUACCGGCCACUGCAUCAACAGCAGCUCUCCAUUCAUCUACUGCACAGACUCUAACAAGUUCUCUAGCAACAGUCAGAGCUCCCCUGAAUACCCAGCAGUUACACUCUUUUUCCAUGUUUCCUGGUGUACCUAAAGUAGACCCAGCCUUAGACCCUUCUAAUUUGUCAGGUACACACUCUGCACAUAACUGUGGGUCCCACCACUCCAAUUCUUUUAACAUGAGCGCAAUGUCUCAUAGUUUACCGAAUCCCUUGGACUUUCAAAUCGCUUGCGAAAUCGAUCUUCCCGCAAUUCCUCCAGAAACUACUUUAGGUCAAGAUCAUACGGUUUCAGAACAACAUAAAUAUGAAGAAAACGCUUUUGAAUACCAAUUUGAUAAUUCUUUUGACAAUGGAAAAUAUACAAAAGAUCCAGAAAAUGAAUUCCACAAGUUUUUUAAUACACCAAUCCCAGAUGUUCCAGAAAGCCACAUCCAACGAAGCUCAAAUGAGACUUAUACAGCUAAGCCUCUUCCUGAACCAAAUUAUCAUCAAUCAACCCAAGUUUAUUCAUCUACUUCACUUAACAGUUCUUUGAAUCGUUCAACAGGCUCACAGAAAAGCACUGGGUCAACUAAUAAUUUUAGCUCCAAUAGUAAUACUGAUUUAGGUACGUCACUAGUUUCAAAAGGUCUUCCAGUUAUGCCGAGGCCUGAGAGCAAAGGCUUUUCUUGUAGUGAAGAAAAUCUUGACUCUUGUCCCACAAUUUCAAAUAAAAUGUCAAUACGACGAAAACCUAUUAGUUUAAAGUCAAGUCCUGCUAAAGAAACACCAGUUUUACCAUACCCAGGUGCUACACACUCUGUAUCUGAUAUUGGUGCAGAAGGUCACUCUAUAAAUGAUGAUGAAGAUAUAAAGGAAAUACCAUUUUCUCCAGACUCUUAUGUUUUGAGAAAAUCUUUACCCCAACCUCCUUUACAUGCUCAUUUAAGAAUUAACGAAGCACCACCUUCGCCACCAAAAGAAAAAAAUUUUAAGUCUUUACAACCAUUAAAUGAACACAUGCCGGUACUGAAUCUUACUGAAUCUUUAACAUUGGAACCUCAAUUGCGACCAAUGAAACCACUGCCUCCUUCUCCCCCCGCAAAAGAGCAUGACGAAAGGAUUCGUGAAAUUUCUCAAGAUUCUUACUCUGAUUAUAAUAAUGGGUUUAGCCAGUAUCAGCAUGAUGAUUCAUAUUCACCUGUUGAACUUCAGAAUUUUGAUAGCUCAUAUUUUUCUUUAAGUAAGCAAAAUCUAGAGCAUGAUUUUGAAAACACAGCCAUUUCUAACAAAAAUGUUUUUGGCCAAAUUGGAGCGCUUGGUAAACGUUAUUAUAAACCUCAACCACCUAUUCCGACUCAGGAGCCUCAAUCUGAAUUUACAUAUCCUACUAUGAGCAUGUCUUUAUCAUCAAUGUCUGGCAGUGUUUUGCGAACUUCUCCAAUGCCAAGGGUCAGAGGAGGCAGAGACUCUCCAAGUAAUUUUACCGAGUCUUUUUCUGGGAAGUUUUCUAGUUAA